AUGGGUGUGUUCGGUUUCUUCAGAAGAGGAUUCGACCCCGAUUCCUUUGAGAAGGAGUUGACGUCGGUGACAGAAUCGAUUUCGAGUACCAACCAGCAGAUUUCGCGAUUGAGAUUAAGGUCCAGGUCUAUCCGUAGAUCGUUAGCAAUAUAUCUGCUAAUCGUCUAUGUUGGCAUCAUUUCGUACGAUUACACUUCAUUGCCGUCGCAGGUCGUUGGACCGGACAAAUUGCUGGCGGCGUUCGCUUUGGUCAGAGUAGUUCGUAUCUUAUUUGAUUUUCUCAUCAGAAGUCGAGAAAACAAAUUGAAGUGGUUGAAGAAGAAGCACAAGGAGAAAAUCGAGGAAUUGAAGAAAAUCACCAACUUCACCACAACUGAAAAACUCUUGAAUAAGUACGGAGACACCCCUAAAAAGCCCUCAAUUACUCCGAACAACACCAAUAAGAACAUUACUGCCAAGCCCAAACAGCUUCCAGCAACUGCAAACGUCGCCAAACCACCGGCAGGCCAAUUGAGUCAACAAGAAUUGAACAAAUUGAAUCUCAACAUCACUCCUCGGGAUGUUGUAGCACCAACACACACACCUCAAUUUCAACAAAACAAGCAGCCGCAGCAUCCACAACAACAGAAAUCGGUGGCUCCUAUUCGUAGAUCGAUUCAGGAUCGCCUUUUAGAUAUGUUAAUCGGCUCUGAGAACAACGAAUCUGUGGAGUCUCGAUAUGCUCUCAUCUGCUACAAUUGUUUUACCCAUAACGGUCUUGCCCCACCAGGUACUAGCGAUCCUGCCACUGUGGUGUAUAUCUGUAUGAAAUGUGGAGUCAUGAAUGGCGAACUAAAUGAAGAAAAGCUGAUACAAGAGGACCAUGUUGAUACGGCUCUGGUUAGUCCGGUUGACAAGACUCUGCAAUUGAUAGAUAACGAAGCAAAGUCGAGUCUGAAAGACAAGUUAGAACAAGUACAAGCAGAAGUUGAGGAGCGUAAGGAAGAAGUUCAACAGGAACAGAAGCAAGAAGAAAAACAAUCUGAAGAAGUUCAACAAGAGCAAAAGCAAGAAGAAGAGCAACCGGAAGACAAAGAAGUAGUUAAACAAGUGCAACAGCACGAAGAACAAGAAAAACAGGUAUCAGAAUCAGAGUCAAAGUCAGACUCUUAG